AUGCCAGUGCUAGAUCUCGCCCAGUUUGUGCACGAUGUGACGAAGCCCGAUAUCCUGGGGAAUGGAGUCAGCCUCCUCUUGUUCCAAUCGGUCAUGUUUGCAGGUAGCUCGCAUUGCGACAUUAAGCCUCUCCGGGCGCUGGGCUUUCUCACUCGCAAGGCGGCGAGACGGGCACUGUACUUGAAGACCAAGGCACUGUACGAGUUGGAGUACGAACAGAAUCGCCUCUACGUCAUACAGUCCCUUGCCAUGAUGACUUACUGGUACGAUACACCCGAUGAUCAGAAAGACUCGACACACUGGCUUGUGAUCGCCUUGUCACUCGCACGUCGCGGGGGCCUCGACCAAGACAUGUCAGACAUGAACCUGAGCAGUUACCAGCGCCGCAUGUCAAGACGAAUUUGGUGGGCUUGUGUGAGUCGUGAUGCACAAUGUGCCUUGGGUCUCAAAGGCCCUCUAGCACUGCAAUUUCUGGAUCCAGAGAUUCCGCCACUCACUGUCGACGAUUUCGAGUUGGGCGACGUGCCCGAAGAUGCAGAAGCCCAAUUCGGGUACUGGCCCCCACUCAAACAUAGAUUGUUGCGUCUGGCCAGUGUGGCUCAGUGCACACUGCAGGUCCACUUACGGAGUAUUUUCACCAAACAAUACCGUCUGGGCGCUUAUCGUCGCAGAUCGGCCGACACUGGUGGCAAGAGUUCAAAGAUGGUACUACUACCCGUCACCAACCAGACCACACGUGAUGGUUUGCAACGUCUGGACCAGGAUCUUCGGACCUGGCGAUCUUCUCUUCCUCCUGAGCUACAAGACACAGAGCUCACGCCCGAUAUAAGCGAACCUGCCUUUGAGCCGUUCGUUGUAUUUCGAUCAUUCCUGCAUAUGCUAUAUCAUACGUGUUUCAUCAUGAUUUACCGGCCUUGGUUGCCAGUGAAGCCACAAAGCGAUAGCUUCUCAGCAGACGCGGCUCUCCAGGACAAGGCUCAGGGCAUCGUGCGGGAUUCCGCCCACGCGAUCACUGACAUUGCAAUUGAACUGCACCAGCUUGAUCUGGCUCGGUUGCUGCCACAAAUAUCUCUCGCCACACUGUUGGCUGCCGCGGUCAGCCAUGCUUGUGACAUAUUCUGCGCGUCAGAACAGAUGCACCGCGCGGGACUUCGGGCAUUCGGGCAAUGUACUCACCUGAUGAACGAGCUGCGGGAAAACUUCUACUCAGCCGACUUUUCAGCAGAUUUUUGCAAGAUCCUGGCGCAGGCGAGGCGCUUCUCCGAGGUCUCCAGGCCCGACAUGGCCAGCCGCGAGUGGAUUGGGGACGGCUUCGACGAUCAAAUCUCGAGGCUGUCCGCAAACUGGGGCUAUCCUCUGCCGAGUCGAGGCGCGACUCCACCUACAGAACGGCAGGAAAAUAUCGCAGCGAGGGUGGUGAAUCGUCCUGCGCCAGAUGCGCUUGAUCCACAAGAGACGGUCUACGACAUGAAUGCCGAGGCUACGACUGGUAACAUGCGUCCCUCCUGGGCUAUGGACGGUGAAAGCAAUCGAGCUUAUGGCGACAAUCACCAGUCCAGUCAGGAUGUACGCUACGCUUUUGAUGCCACUUUCUGGGACGAAACGGUGGAUCUUCUCGGAAUCCCCGUUGCCGGGUUCCAACCCGGAUUGUUUGAGUCCUUGGGCCUUGAGGGUGUAUCGAUGUGA